AUGCCAGCUCCCACCGCGCGCCUGGAUAAACCAGAGGAGAACGAGGUUCUUGCCCCAGAGCCAGUCCAGAAUGAAGAAGAUAUCAUGAUAGAUAUGAGUGGUGCUCAGCCAGAGGAGCCAUCGGCACUACAGGCGCAGCCACAGGGCCAGGAAGACAAUGAAAUGGCCGUCGACGAGGAAGGACGACUGCGAUUCACACCUAUCAAAUCGUCCGGCGAUGCAUACAGAGUCGAAACUCGCAAAGUACCAAUCCCACCUCACCGCCUGACACCUCUCAAGGCCGAGUGGCCAAAGAUAUAUCCUCCAUUAGUCGAACACUUGAAGCUCCAAGUACGCAUGAACAUGAAGAACCGAGCAGUCGAGCUGCGCACAUCAAAACACACGACCGACACUGGAGCUCUCCAAAAGGGUGAGGAUUUCGUCAAGGCAUUUACUCUUGGGUUUGAUACCGAUGAUGCUAUUGCUCUGCUCCGACUGGACGACCUCUAUAUUGAGACGUUCGAGAUUAAGGAUGUCAAGACGCUUAACGGCGAGCAUUUGGGCAGAGCUAUUGGGCGGAUAGCAGGAAAAGACGGGAAGACAAAAUUUGCUAUUGAGAAUGCUAGCAGGACUAGAGUUGUACUCGCAGAUCAGAAGAUACACAUUCUUGGAGGAUUUAGAAAUAUCCAUGUCGCCAGAGAAGCGAUUGUUAGCUUGAUUUUGGGAAGCCCUCCGGGCAAGGUAUAUGGAAACCUGCGUACAGUUGCCUCACGAAUGAAGGAACGGUUUUAA